GACUGUGUCACACUCCUCGUCCGCCUUCCUCUCACACGCAGGCUUCGGUACUAAACUAUUUCAGAGCGUUCUCGGUCAACUAAUGUAGACAACAGUGCAUGAGGCAUAGGUGGACCUUUUUUUCGAGUUCUAACAGGCUCUAACAGGACUUAUCACCUCAUUUUCAAAAGGAACUUGAAGACAACUUAAGGAGAAGGGGGCCAUGAGGACAAACUUUCUUUUUUCAUUGCCCACCCUGUCCUCGGGUGUGAGGCGGAUUUUGUAAACCUGAGAAUUAAUGUAGAUUGCCCUAGAGGCCCUAGACUUGAUUUGAUUAGGGCCUUUUUGCUAUUGUAAUUCAGAGUGACCAUCUUUUGUCACUUUGCUUUUGGAUACGCUGAUUUCCUGGAGGAAACAGUUUGCGUAAAGCAGUCCCCCUGGAUUACUUGUGGAGAUUAGUGAUGGGGAAUGCGGCUGGUGGGGGAUUGGAGCAUGAACCGGCCGAAGGCCGAGAGGCCAGAAACUCAGUCAGUGCAGCUUCAGCAAUGAAUGACUCUGCACCAACCUUGCAAAAAAAGCAGCCUCCUCAACCCAAACUUCCCAUGCCACCAGAGAAGGAGCUGGAGGAGCGCUUCAACACGGUUCUGAGUUCCAUGAACUUGCCUCCAGAUAAACUCCAGCUGUUGAGUCAAUACGACAAUGAUAAGAAAUGGGAAUUAGUCUGUGAUCAGGAGCGUUUCCAGGUGAAGAGCCCCCCAUCCACUUACCUGACCAAGAUCAAAAGCCUCUACCAGGAUCAAGGAGGGGUGUCUCGUAGGUUGAAGAAAAGGAUCCAAGAUGCCACCCAGGUCCUUAAAAAUUUGGAGAUAUCCCUCCGGACCAAUCACAUUGGAUGGGCCCAGGAGUUUCUCAAUGAACAGAAUAAAGGUUUGGAUGUUCUGGUGGAAUACCUGUCCUACGCACAAAGUGACAGCUCGUUUGAGGUUGAGGGUAUAGAAAAUGGUGGCAGCCUGUCAGACAGAGGAAAAUCAGCAGAAAGGUCAAUGGAAGACUUGACCAAGAGCUCCAGCAGCCAUCAGUCACAUGGGAUGACCAGAGCGGCUCGUGCACUGACUGUAAGAAUAAGCUCCACUCUGGUAAACAAGAUGCAUAAGAAGUCCCACAUAAACAACCAGAGAGAUGAUGUACAUGUGUGCAUAAUGUGCCUGCGAGCCAUCAUGAACUAUCAGUCUGGUUUUAAUUUGGUGAUGACUCACCCACGCUGCGUGAAUGAGAUCACCCUCAGUCUCAACAGCAGGAAUCCCAGGACCAAAGCUCUUGUUUUGGAGCUGCUGGCUGCCGUCUGUCUCGUCCGAGGAGGACACGACAUCAUUCUCUCUGCCUUUGACAACUUUAAAGAGGUGAGCAAAGAAAGGAACCGCUUUGAGAAGCUCAUGGAGUACUUCAUCAAUGAUGACAACAACAUUGACUUCAUGGUUGCCUGCAUGCAGUUCAUAAACAUUGUGGUCCAUUCAGUGGAGAACAUGAACUUCCGUGUCCAUCUACAAUAUGAGUUCACUCACCUUGGAUUAGACAAGUAUCUAGAGACUCUGAAGCUAACAGAGAGCGAGAAGCUGCACGUCCAGAUCCAGGCCUACUUGGACAAUGUGUUAGAUGUGGGAGCUCUGCUGGAGGAUGCUGAGAACAGAGGAGGGGUGCUGGAGCAUGUGGACGAAUUACAGGAGCACAACGUUCAGCUGAGUGUACGGCUUCAGGAGAUUGAGAACCAGACUGCAGAGAGAAUAACUGAACUGGAGACUCAGCUUAUGCAGGCCACAAAGGAGGCUGAGCUGCUCAAAGAAAGCCUGCGAGAGUCAUGUUCCCAGGUUAGCACUUUGCAGCAGAGAGAAAGAGAGCGUGAGCUGGACAGGGAGAGAGAGAAGGACAGGGAGCGGCUGGGUAUCACUGGCCCUCAGGGACCUUCAGAGCUAGAGCAGAAGAUCCAGGAGCUGCAGGACAAAGGGCUAAUCCGAGUGGGACGCACAGCCUCAGGAAGUCUGGACGUCCAAGUCAUACCUGUCACAGUCGUUGAAUACAUUCAAAGCCCGGCCCCAGCCAACCAAGCCAGCACUCCAGACUCUGCUGAGUUAGCCUCCCCAUCAUCUAGCAUCCCUUCGCCACCGCCUCCCCCUCCAGGUGGCUCCGAGCAGACUGUCUCUCCACCUCCACCGCCUCCACCACCUCCAUCUCUACCAGGAGGUCCUGCACCACCACCACCACCCCCUCCUCCUCCUCCACCUCCUGGCUCUGCAGCUGCCCCCCCACCUCCACCUCCUCUCCCUGGCACUGGUCCCCCACCUCCUCCUCCACCCCCUGGAGCUGGCCCCCCACCCCCACCUCCCCCACCUGGUGGUGGACCACCACCGCCUCCUGGAGCACCAUCUACAGACUCUGGGGCUAAGAACAGGAAGCCUAUUCAGACCAAGUUCAGGAUGCCUCUGUUGAACUGGCAGGCAUUAAAACCAAACCAAGUGACAGGCACAGUCUUCAACGAGCUAGAUGAUGAGCAAGUCUUGGGGGAGUUGAAUAUGGAAAUGUUUGAGGAACAUUUCAAAACUAGGGCCCAGGGUAACCCAGCUGACCUGUCCAAGGUUAAGAAGAAGAUGGCCUCGAAAGCCCCCACCAAGACAUCUUUGAUUGAUGGCAAUAAAGCCAAAAAUCUGGCCAUCACUCUACGCAAGGGGGGAAUGAGCCCGGCCAAUAUCUGCACAGCCAUAGAAAUGUAUGACCAGCAAUCUUUGUCCAUAGACUUCCUGGAACUGCUCGAACCAUUCAUACCAUCAGAUUUUGAGAUGAAGCUUCUUGCUAACUAUGAGAAAGAUGGCCGUCCACUGGAUGAGCUGACCGACGAAGACCAAUUUAUUUUACGCUUUGGGAAGAUUCCUCGUCUCAACCAGCGAAUAAACACUCUGACUUUCAUGGGCAACUUCCCAGACAGCGUGAAACGGCUGCAGCCGCAACUGAACUCCAUCAUUUCUGCAUCCAUGUCUCUCAAGUCUUCAACCAAACUAAAAAAGAUCCUAGAGAUUGUUCUUGCAUUUGGUAACUACAUGAACAGCAGUAAAAGAGGUGCAGCUUGUGGUUUCAGACUGCAGAGUCUGGAUCUUCUGUUGGAGACCAAAUCCACUGACCGCUCACAGACGUUACUUCAUUUCAUCACCAAUAUUAUCCAGGAAAAAUACCCAGAAUUGGUCAACUUCCACACCGAGCUACACUUUGUAGACAAGGCGGGCCUUGUCUCUCUUGACAGCAUUCUUCAAGAUAUCCGCUCUCUAGAGCGAGGAAUGGAGAUGACCAAAAAGGAGUUCCUGGUGCAGGAUGACAGCCCGGUGUUGAAGGAAUUCAUUAAAACAAAUAGUGAACAGUUGGACACUUUAAUCAAAGAUGGCAAGACAGCGCAGGAGGCUUACGGCUCUGUGGUGGAGUACUUCGGAGAGAAUCCCAAAACCACGCAGCCCUCAAUGUUUUUCCCCAUGUUUGGGCGCUUCAUAAAGGCCUAUAAAACGGCACAGCAGGAGAUUGAACAGAAGAAGAAAAUGGAGAGCGAGAGCCGUGAGGUUAAAGAGUCACCAUCUCCAAACAAGGCUGGAUCACAAAAGGGCCCAAUGAUGCCUAAGAUGCCCCAGAUGGACCUGAUUGCAGAGCUGAAGAAGAGGCAGGUGAAACCGCCAGUACGCGAGGGGAAGGACGGCGCACUGGAGGACAUCAUCACAGAUCUGAGGAACUCACCAUACAGGCGGGCAGAUGGUCGUCGGCCAGCCCAGCGCCAGGACACUUAAGCCAGUUUUUUCUUUUCUUUACAAAUUUCCUUUUGUUAAAAAAUUGUAACUGGAAUCACUCAUUAAAAUUCAAGCAGAAGACAAGUUUUAAACGUUCUGUAUAUACAAUUUUGUUACAAUUAGCCAUAUGGCAGUGUGUAUUAACGACAUAUUAGUGUCAUUUUGCUCUGUAAAUAUAAAGUUGGAAAUAUUUUAAUAAUAAACAGUCCAUAAACUUUAAUUGAAAUGUUACAAAACAUAACCAUUUAAGUAUUUCUAAUGGCUUUGUAUUAAACUUGUAUUACUGAUACACUGUUACUCAUUUAGUGAUAAAAAUACUUUGUUUUCAAAAUAAACCAUUGUUUAACCAUUUUGACCAUA